ACUUAUGAGCAGUGGGAAAUCCGCACCAAAAUCAACAAAAAAUCAAUCGGCAAUUUGGCAUGAUCUUCUGCUGUUUCUCUCUCUGUAACCACUUCUGCUAAAGAGAGUAAGAGAGAGAAGGAAAAAGAAAUGGGUCGGCUGUUUGUGGUAACUCUCGAUGGGAGCAUCUACAGCUGCAAGCAUUGCAAAACCCAUUUAGCCCUUUCUGAUGACAUCAUAUCUAAGGCAUUUCACUGUCGACAUGGGAAGGCUUAUCUAUUUGACAAGGUUGUGAAUGUGACUGUUGGAGAGAAAGAAGAGAGGAUGAUGAUAACUGGAAUGCAUACGGUUGUUGAUAUAUUCUGUGUUCGUUGUGGUUCCAUUGUUGGCUGGAAAUAUGAGUCAGCACAUGAAAAGGGACAAAAGUACAAAGAAGGGAAGUUUAUUCUUGAGAGGUUUAAGGUAUUGGGUCCAGAUGGGAGCAUGUAUGUAUUGGGGCAGGAGGUUCAGGUGGGUGGAAGUGAUGAUGCAGAUGAUGCAUGAAUGUGAUUCGCUCUUCCUUCUUAUUCUGUACAGUUCUUAACUGUUAUAGCCCUUUUAAUUUCUAGGAUAUGCUUUUAGUGGAAGU